CAAGGGCACAACAAGCGAGUGAGGGGAGUGUGCGCAAGAAGCGAGAAGAUGUCUGCGCUGUCCUGUGUGUUGUGGGCUGUGCUGGCAGUGGGCAUCACGGCUGCGUCGGCGCUGGUGUACUCGCGGUCGCUUCAUGGGUCCUUCGUCUACGAUGACUUGAAGUGCGUGUCGGAGAACCCCGUGGUGACGGAGUUUGAAGGGGUGCUGACCCCGGAGGUGCUUGCGCGAUGGUGGCACGCCGACUAUUGGGGAAGGCCCGUAGCAGAUCCGCUAUCGCACAAGUCCUGGCGGCCCUUGACAACCUUGUCCUUCAUGUACAACUACCACUGGGCUGGAUUGGACCCACACUGGUUCCACGUCGUAAACUUGUGCCUGCAUGCACUCAACACCUUACUCGUCAUGCUCGUUGCUGGCCGAACCAUGCCACAAUCCGUCGCCAGCUCCAUGCGAUGGACAUUUGCCAUCGUGUCCGGCGCCCUCUUUGCAGUGCAUCCCAUGCACUCCGAGAGCGUAUCCAACAUUACCAACAGGUCGGAGCUGAUGUCGCUGUUCUUGCAGCUCGUCGGGUUUCUGGUGUUUGCGGCGGGCAGCAGCAAUACGGCGUGGUGUCGCGGCCUGUUCACGUCCAUCGCAGCAGUCCCGCUCAUCAUCUGCGCUGCCAUGUGCAAGGAAACGGGCGUCAUGGUGACGGCGUUGUGUGUUGCCCACGAACUUGUUGCUGUCGGCGUGGUGACGCAAGUUGCUGGCGUUCUGUAUCAGUGGUGCUGUUCACGGGAACGGCGCCGCUCGGCAUCAAAGUCCACAAAGAAGCAGAAGCCAAAGGCAUCCAGCAUACAUGUCUCGUUGCCAAGCCUCGCUGUUGUACGGUGCUUGAUUGUACUUGCGGCAACGGUGUCCUUUCUCGCGUACCGUCUUCAGUUGCAAGGCGAGAUUCCUGAAUGGUACGAGUCUACGAAUCCAGCCGCCAACGAGAAGUCGUUUUUUGUUCGGGCCACGACGUACGCGUACCUGCACUGGUUCCACUUUGCGCUGUUGUUGAUUCCAAACCGCUUCUGCCCGGAUUGGCGGAACGAAAUUCCGGUCGUGUCCUCCUUUGCGGACGUUCGCGCAGCGUACGCCCUUGCGUUUUACGCUGCUCUCCUGGCCACGAUCGCUGUCGGCAUUCGUUUCCUGGCAACGCAUCGAGAGCGCGCUGGUAAGGUGCUGACCAUGUCGCUGGCGUGGCUUAUGCUGCCGUUUAUACCUGCGUCGAAUGUGCUCUUCCCUGUGGGAUUCGUUGUUGCGGAGCGCGUCGUGUACUCCCCGUCCGUCGGCUUCUGCUUCCUGGCAGCACUGCUCUUCACGGCGUGUGCACACGCUGUCUCAAGGGCCUUUUUGUGCUGGGGAGUGCUGGCAGCGGUGCUCGCUGCAUACUCGCACGUUCUGAUGCAACGCGAUGCCGAGUGGGGCAACGAGGAGCUUCUAUGGAAGGCUGCAACCCUCUCAUGCCCGCACAACUACGUCUCACACGUCUUGCUCGGCAAUGUCUACGACCGCCAAGAGCGCGUCGACGACGCAAUCGCAGCAUUCAAGGAGGCGCUGAAGCACCACGAGUACUAUAUGCACGCAAACAUGAAUCUGGGCCGCAUGUAUCGGGAGAAGAAAGGCGAUUCCCUCACGGCGCUGUCAUAUCUGGAGAAGGCCUUCAUGUCAGCAGAUGAGCCCGCAAUGCAAGGGCACGUGCUGUAUGCGCUUGGGCUGUGCAGCCUUGACCUCCAACGCUACGAUGAUGCAAUCAAAUACUUCCACGCAGCAACGCAGGCGGUUCCCGGCAAUCCGACAUAUGCGCACUAUUUACAGCAGGCGCAGCAGCUGGCAAAGCAAAUGCCACGCACACGCACGAGCGCAGAAACAGUGGAGACGCGGGAGAGCACAGCAGACCAAGCAACGCAGCAGCAGCAGCGGAGGACGAGGAGGACGAGGAGGAGGAGGAGACGACAGCGGCAAACCAACACCGGUGAAAGUGACCCAGACGCUCGUGUCGCCAAUGGAGAACACGCAACCAGCGCCAGCAAUGCAGGCGGCAACAAUGCCAGCAGCAGCAAUAACAGCGACGGACAGGCGCACGAGCAGCAAGUGACCGGCAGUGACCAUGAUGGUCAGGAUGGCAAUGCCAUGAGCGAUGUGCCCGCUCACCACGAGGAACAACCAAUGGCGGAGGAGGGGCAAACGCCACCGCGACCCCAACAAAAAGAUCAUCAUUAUCAUCAUCAUCAUCGUCAGCAGCAGCAGCAGCAGCACGAUGAUGCGGAAGUGAAAGCGGCCAAGGAGAAACAACAAGGGCGGGGAGGCGCAAAAGUGCAGCAGGAGAGGCCAACACAGGAGGAACAAUUCGAUUCGUCUGUUGUGGGCACGGACACAGCGGAUCCUGUUGCGCUGUUCAAUUUGGGUGUUUCCCACGCGCACAAGUCCAAGUUUGAGGAAGCGCUCACGUACUUCAAGCUCGCUGGGGAAAAAUCACCGACACUGCUGGCCGACACGCUGCACAAGCGGGGCGUGAUCCAACUGCAACUACAGCGUCCCCAGGAGGCAGUACAGCUCCUCCAGGCUGCGGUUGCGGCUGCACCCGCCCGACCGGACAUUGCCUUUGACCUCGCCAUCACGCACGCACAGACUUGCAACAUCGACGCAGCAGUCGAAGGGUUGUCGAGUCUUGAGGCAAGCGAUGCCUCAAAUCCAAAGUUUCCGUACGAGCGGGGGACAAUUCUGUUCCAAGCAGCGCGCCCCAACGAAGCCAAGCAGGCGUACCUGACCGCGGUGGAAUGCAGCAACAUGGACGAAGACGCACGCCGCUUCAAAGCCAAGGCGCUGGUGAAUCUCGGGGUGAUGUCGUUCCAAGAGGGCGAGGCGGAGCAAGCGCUGGCGCUGUUCCAGCGGGCACAGACGUUCGACCCUGCACACACGACCGCACAGAAGAACGCACAGGCUAUGCAGACACUUUUGGCACAGCAGCAGCAGCAGCAGCAGCAGCAACGGGAGGAGCAGCAGCAACAGCAACGGGAGGAGCAAGGGGCCAAGCAAGGAGCCAAGUGAGUCUCGGUUGGGGGAGAGAAGGGGGGCCCUUGGGCGGAAGGAGGCACGAGCGGAAGGGUUGGUAACGUGAGGGCUAUGCACUAAACACCAUAGACAUCCAAGCAACCAUGAAUACAGGUACAUGUACAA